AUGGAAGCAAUCUUGGACUUUUCGAAGGAUUUGGACAUCCAAUUGUUGGACCAGAUUGUAGAUACCUUUUACAAGGGGUCUGGCACACAGCAGAGGCAAGCACAGGAUGUUUUGACAAAGUUCCAGGACCACCCGGAGUCGUGGCAGCGGGCAGACAAGAUCCUGCAGUUUUCUGCGAACCCACAGACGAAGUUCAUUGGGCUGUCGAUUCUGGAUCGGCUGAUCACCACGAAGUGGAAGAUGCUACCCCAGGACCACCGGGUCGGGAUCCGGAACUUCAUUGUCGGGAUGAUCAUAAGUUUAUGCCAGGACGACGCAGUAUUCCAGUCUCAGAAAAACCUGAUCAAUAAGUCCGAUCUCACACUGGUGCAAAUACUAAAACAGGAGUGGCCGCAGAACUGGCCUGACUUCAUCCCGGAGCUGGUGAGCAGCUCCCAAAGUUCGAUAAAUGUGUGCGAAAACAACAUGGUUAUCCUGAAAUUACUAUCGGAGGAAGUGUUUGACUUCUCGACGGAACAAAUGACGCAAGCGAAGGCCUUGCACCUUAAGAACUCGAUGUCCCAGGAGUUUGAGCAAAUUUUCAAGCUUUGCUACCAGGUGCUGGAUUCUGGCUCGUCGACUUCGCUGGUGGUCGCUGCUUUGCAAUCCCUACUGCGGUAUUUGCAUUGGAUUCCGUAUAGAUACAUCUACGAUACCAACUUGCUAACUCUCUUGAGUACCAAGUUUCUAGUCUCCCCCGAUACCAGGGCGGUUACUCUCAAAUGUUUGACCGAGGUGUCUCAACUAGCCAUUCCAGAAAAUGACAACAACAUAAAGCAGCAGACAGUUAUGUUUUUCCAAAAUGCCCUACAGCAAAUAGCCAUCAAUGUUGUUCCUGUGACGGCAGAUUUGAAAAGCACCUACGCGACCGCGAACGGUAAGGAUCAAUCGUUCCUGCAGGACUUUGCAAUGUUUUUAACAACCUACUUGGCUCGCCAUCGCCCAAUAUUGGAAUCUGAUGAGUCCCUGAGAGAGUUGUUGCUGACUGCCCAUCAAUACCUGAUCCAGUUAUCUAAGAUUGAGGAGAGAGAACUGUUUAAAACGACCCUUGAUUACUGGAACAAUCUUAUGUCAAGUUUGUACCAAGAGAUACAGACUGUCCCAUUCAACGAAAUGAAUCCGUUGUUGCAGCUCUCCUUAGAUGUAAAUCCAUCAUCUGGUGGCGCUCCAAACCCGCAAUUCCUAAAGAAAUAUCCACUGAAAAAGCACAUGUAUGAUAAUAUUUGCUCUCAGUUACGGUGGGUCAUUAUUGAGUCCAUGGUAAGACCUGAGGAAGUCUUAAUUGUGGAGAACGAUGAGGGCGAGAUUGUAAGAGAGUUUGUCAAGGAGUCUGAUACCAUUCAAUUAUACAAGUCUGAGAGGGAAGUCUUAGUUUAUUUGACUCACUUGGACGUUGUUGAUACCGAGGAAAUUAUGCUGGAUAAGCUAGGGAGACAAAUUGACGGUUCAGAAUGGUCCUGGCACAAUAUUAAUACACUAUGUUGGGCGAUUGGUUCGAUUAGUGGUACCAUGGAUGAGGAAACAGAAAAACGUUUUGUUGUGACUGUUAUCAAGGAUUUGUUGGCUCUAACGGAGCAAAAACGCGGGAAGGACAACAAGGCCGUUGUUGCAUCGAACAUUAUGUAUGUUGUUGGUCAGUAUCCCCGGUUUCUAAAGGCCCACUGGAAGUUUUUGAAAACCGUUGUUCUAAAGCUAUUUGAGUUUAUGCAUGAAACCCAUGAGGGUGUUCAAGAUAUGGCCUGCGACACCUUUAUAAAGAUCGUCCAGAAGUGUAAGCGUCAUUUUGUCAUACAGCAGCCAACUGAGAAGGAGCCAUUUAUACAGGCAAUCAUCAGAGAUAUCCAGAAGACCACGGAAGAUCUGCAGCCACAACAAGUCCAUACUUUUUACAGAGCGUGUGGUCUCAUUAUUUCUGAUGAAAAGAAUACCGCAGAGAAGGAAAAAUUGUUGCGUGAGUUAAUGCAGCUACCCAACAUGGCCUGGGACACAAUUGUUGCUCAGUCUGCUGCGAACCCAGACCUUCUUCUCGACCCAGAAACCGUCAAAAUUAUUGCAAAUAUUAUCAAGACCAAUGUUAGCGUGUGUUCUUCUACUGAGGCCGAUUUUUACUCUCAAUUGGGACACAUAUACUACAAUAUGCUACAAUUAUACAGGGCAGUUUCUUCAAUGAUAUCUGCUCAGGUUGCAAAGGAGGGCCUAAUCGCUACCAAGACACCAAAAGUUCGCGGCUUGAGGACGAUUAAAAAAGAGGUAUUGAAAUUGGUUGAAAUUUACAUUGCCCACGCGAAGAACCUAGACGAAGUGGUCAAGUCGUUGAUUCAGCCUUUGCUAAAUGCAGUGCUAGAGGAUUACAUGAACAAUGUGCCUGAUGCACGCGAUGCUGAGGUUCUAAACUGUAUGACUACGGUCGUCAAUAAGGUUGGCCAUAUGAUCCCAGAAGGUGUGAUAUUAAUCCUUCAGAGUGUUUUCGAAUGCACUUUGGACAUGAUUAAUAAGGAUUUUACAGAAUAUCCAGAACAUCGUGUUGAGUUCUAUAAACUACUGAAAGAGAUCAAUGCUAAAUCUUUUAAUGCAUUGCUACAAUUACCUCCUGCUGCAUUUAAGCUAUUCGUAGACGCUAUUUGUUGGGCCUUUAAGCACAACAAUCGAGAUGUCGAGGUCAACGGUUUGCAGAUUGCAUUGGACUUGAUCGACAAUGUGGACAAAGCUAGCCCUUCUCCAUUCUCGAAUGCAUUCUACGAGAAUUUUUACUUCACAUUUACAAGCGAGGCCUUUUACGUUUUGACUGACUCAGACCAUAAAUCGGGAUUCUCGAAGCAAUCGUUAUUGUUGAUGCGCUUAAUUUCACUGGUUCAAGAUAACAGGAUCCCAGUGCUGCUAUAUAAGUCCGGAGAGGCACCAGCGGGCACAACAAAUCAAGUAUACCUUGCGAACUACAUGGUUAAUAUGCUGGGGAAUGCCUUCCCGCAUUUAACGCAGGAGCAAGUAACCAGCUUCAUCAAUGCCUUGAUAAAACAGUACCAGGACCCAAAGAAGUUUUCAGGCACGUUGAGAGACUUCCUUGUCCAAAUUAAGGAAUAUGGCGGUGAUCCUACGGACUACUUGUUUGCCGAGGACAAAGAGUUGGCUUUGGCAGAACAGAACAAGUUGGAACAAGAAAGAGCAUCCAAGAUCGGCGGGUUGUUGAAGCCAUCUGAGUUGGAUGAUUAG